UUUGGGUUAAAUUAGUGUAGGAACGGCUGAUCCUUAUCGCGGCGGGAUUUAUGUGUUCUGCGUUUGCCUUCCGUUUAAUGAGCUGCUUGGGAAAGACCACAGCCCUGCAAAGAAAUAAUUCUCUGUGUUCUCUGUGACCUCUUGACCCGCAAGCUGGGAGCAAACAAGCUGCAGGAUGCUCCGGGCUCGGUUCCUGCCCGUGGCCGCGGGGCUGGCGGCUGUGUCCGUGUCACGGCGUCACCUCGGCACAGCCCAGCACCCUGGCACAGCCCAGCACCCAGCCUGGCGUAGGCUCAUGGUGGCAGCUUUCAUCGGCACCGCUGCGGCCACAGCCGGUGCCAGGUUCCUCUGGCAGAGGGCCUACGCAGAAGACUCAUCCUCAGUGAGACACGGCCCGAGGGCAGAGCCAGGGGAGAAGGGGAAGCCCGAGGAGGAGGAGGAGAGCAGCAGUGAGGGCAGGAAGGCAGUGGCACCGGGCGAUGAGGAGGCGCAGCCGGAGGGGAAGAAGAAGAAACGUUCGGGGUUCAGGGACCGUAAGGUGAUGGAAUAUGAGAACAGGAUCAGAGCCUACUCCACACCGGACAAGAUCUUCAGAUACUUCGCCACGCUGAAGGUGAUCAACGAGCACGGGGAGUCGGAGGUUUUUAUGACCCCCCAGGACUUUGUGAGGUCCAUAACACCCAAUGAAAAACAGCCAGAGAACCUGGGCCUGGACCAGUUCAUAGUGAAACGCUACGAUGGGAAGGAUUUCUGGCAGACAGAGAAGCUGUCCCAGGAGCGGGAGAAGUUUGCUGACGAGGACAGCAUCUUUUAUGCCCUUGGGGAAUGUGGACUCAUCUCCUUCUCCGACUACAUCUUCCUCACCACGGUCCUUUCCACUCCCCAGAGGAAUUUUGAAAUUGCCUUUAAGAUGUUUGAUCUGAACGGUGACGGCGAGGUGGACAUGGAAGAGUUUGAGCAGGUGCAGAGCAUCAUCCGCUCGCAGACCAGCAUGGGGAUGCGGCACCGGGACCGCUCCACCACCGGCAACACCCUCAAGACCGGCUUCAACUCCGCCCUCACCACCUACUUCUUCGGGGCAGAGCUCAGGGGCAAGCUCACCAUCUCCCACUUCCUGGAGUUCCAGCGCAAGCUGCAGCACGACAUCCUCAGGCUGGAGUUCGAGCGGCACGAGCCGGUGGAGGGGCGGAUCACGGAGCGGCAGUUCGGGAGCAUGCUGCUGGCUUACAGCGGGGUGCAGUCCAAGAAGCUCACUGUCAUGCUCAAGCAGCUCAAGAAGCACUUCCAGGACGGAGAGGGGCUGACAUUUGAGGAGGUGGAGAACUUCUUCACUUUUCUGAAGAACAUAAACGACGUGGACACGGCUCUGAGCUUCUACCACAUGGCUGGAGCUUCUCUGGAUAAAGUGACCAUGCAGCAGGUGGCCAGGACGGUGGCCAAGGUGGAGCUCUCGGACCACGUGUGCGACGUGGUGUUCGCGCUCUUCGACUGCGACGGGAACGGAGAGCUGAGCAACAAGGAGUUUGUUGCCAUCAUGAAGCAGCGCCUGAUGAGAGGCUUGGAGAAGCCCAAGGACAUGGGCUUCACUCGGCUCAUGAGGGCCAUGUGGAAGUGUGCCCAGGAGACAGCGUGGGAUUUCACGGCGCCCAAACAGUAGCGGGGUCGGGAAGGAGCUCCCACAUUCCCUGGAUCAGCCCCGGCACCACGGCAGGGCAGCACCAGGCUCUGGCUGUCCAUAACAGGAGGUUUUUGUAAAUCCAGGUUCAGUAUCCCAGCCUGUUGUAUUUGCAGCUUCUGCUUGCUGCUGCCUCCCUGCAAUUCCUCUCUCUCAGGAAAAAGGAAAGGACUUCCACUGCCCUCACCCCCGUGAUGUGCUGUGUGGGAGAGCCAGGGGUGCACAAGCUGAACCUAAAUCACCUUUAUUGAUGCUAUGGCAAAAUGGCACUAGGGUUAUCUUUGCUCUUAGAUUGCUCCUGGGAAAGAUUCCUGGGUUUCCUGGAUCCCACACCAGGAUUUCGGAUGGCCAAACACUCUGUGCACCCCUCAGGCUGAGGUGCUGCCUCUGGGUAAGAGCAGCUAAAAGUGGUGGAGCAACCAGCUCUGCUGCCCUUCCUGCCUUGCAGGAGGUCCCUGAUGGAUUUCCUCAGUUGAGAGCCCUCUCUGUGGGGAAUUGUCACGGGAAUGUGCUGACAGAUGUUUGCUGAGUGCUGCCCUCUCUGUAAAAUGUCCUGUAAAGGUGUUGCUCACAA